CAACUUCAGCCGAGGUGUCUAAAGACGGAAGUUGUUUUGAUAGUUCAGUAAAAGUUGACAAAAUGGCAGAAGACGACAGUUAUGAGUCAAUGCUCUGCGUGAAGCCCGAGGUCCAUGUCUACCGGAUCCCACCGCGAGCAUCUAACCGUGGAUAUCGUGCUGCAGACUGGAAGCUGGACGAGCCUGCUUGGAGUGGGAGGAUGAAAAUCACUGCAAAAGGCAAAAUGGCCUUCAUUAAGUUAGAGGACAAAAACACAGGAGAGUUGUUUGCCAAAGCCCAGGUGGAACAGUACCCAGGCAGUGUUGUUGAAGCUGUCACAGACUCAAGUCGAUAUUUUGUGAUCCGGAUAGAAGACGACAAUGGACGCCAUGCUUUCAUCGGUCUGGGUUUUGCUGAUCGCGGAGACUCAUUUGACUUCAACGUAGCUUUACAAGACCAUUUUAAGUGGGUGAAGCAAGAAGGUGAGCUGGCGAAACUGGAAGCUACUCAGAGCGAAGCACCUAAGCUGGACCUUAGCUUCAAGGAGGGACAGACCAUCAAGAUCAGCAUUGGGAAUGUCAAGAAGAGGGAUGCAGGAGGUGCCAAAGCACGGCCCAUGGCUGGGGGUCUGCUGCCACCUCCACCAGGCGCAAAGGCAGGAGGGGUCUUACCACUUCCUGUUGUACAACAAACAGUCCCAGCUGCACAGACUAACCCUGACCCUCUUUUAGACUUUGGGUCCCCCGUCCCUGUAGCCCAGCCCAGCUCGGACUUAUGGGGGGAUUUCACAUCUGCUGGUUCCAACUCCAGUAAUGACGCAUCGAAAUCAGGAUGGGUGCAGUUUAGUUGAGUUAUGGGGAAGCAUGCACACACUCAGAUUGCAUACAUUCCACGGACAGGACGAUUUGGGGUGAGAAAGAACAAGUGAGAGGAAUUGUUAGCAAACUUGACUGGCUAAUUCACUGCACCGAUUCUGAAAGACUGUUCAUAUACAACAACAGCCGGUUGACCAACAAACUCAGUAAAAUGUUCCUAUUUUUACAAUCAUAUUGUAUUUCGAGACUCUGCUAUGCAACCAUUUUUUUUCCCAAUACUUUUUUCCUCGUCUUUACAACAUCAUGCACACGUUAUCGUUUAACACCAGCAACACUCAUCUCAAUAUUGCUUUUACCAUUUGGGAAAAUAAAAGGUUUACCUAUUGAAGUAUCCAUGUUUUAUUUAGCUGUAGCUCAGUAUGUGUUCCCCCCCCCCCUUGUAUUUUAGUCAUUCUUUUAGGAGAUUUUUCAAAUUCAGAUUGAGAUUUGAUUAGCUUUAUUUAAAACCUCUUACGCCUUCAUUAAAAUAUAGCCAGACUUUUUUUUAUCUUUAUGUUUUGAAAAAAAAGUCCUAUUUGUCAUUUUGUCAACAUUUUACAACUUGAACAUGUUUCUGUUCAUGUGUCUUUUUGUGUAGACUCUAUGUUUGUCUCUGCCUUGUGUAUUGUUACUUUUUUUUAAUGUGCCUUUUACCAAAUUGAAACUUCAUGAAUCUUUGAUGCUGAUAUAAACUGAGUAUUUGAUCAAGUGCCUUCCUGGAAAAGAACGAUCUAAAUUGUAUAAAUGUUUUUCUUCUUGUAAAUAAAACAAUAUAUUUCA